AUGGGAGCUGAUGGGGGCACAAUUGCCACUAGACUGGAUAUUUUGUUAAAUCAUACUAUAAAAUCCCAGCAUAAUGUUCAACGUGCCGAAGAUAAAGAAGAAAACAUAAUUAAAAUGUGUCACUAUUCGACGCUACCUUUAUAUAACAAUGAUCCAAUAGUAGGUGAUUGCAAAGGCAAAUUAUAUAUAAAAGAACAUAUAUUAAAGUACAUUCUAUCAACAAAAAAGGACAAGGGAAGUAUUAAACCUGAGUUCAGUCAUAUCAAUCUGUUGAAAGAUAUAUUACCAGUGCAUAUUUCUUGGACUAUUCUUGAUAAAGUUCCAUAUAUACAAUGUCCCGUCACCAAAGAGAUAGAGAAAGGGUAUUCAUAUUUUCGAACAUGUGGGUGUUUAUUGUCCAACAAAGUGUUAAAAGAGUUUAAACAUGAAGGGAAAUGCCCAAAUUGUAACCAACUGUUUAAGGAUGAUGAUGUGGUAAUCCUAGACCCAUUGAAUAAAAAAGAAGUUACUGAGUUGAAUGAGAAGACCAUGGCUCAUUUACAAGAACAAGGUCUUAGUCAUGCAAAAUUGCCUUUGAAAAAGACCAAAAAGAAAAAACUGGAAGAUAUGAAUGUUAUAGAUGAAUUCGUUCGAAAGAGAAAGCUACUAGAAGAUAUUCCCAACACAAAACGAUCCAAAUCCAAGUAG